CCCAUGAUUGGAUCGUCCAGUCGUGCUCCUCCCCUCGCUCGGAAUCAGCUUUCCCCGAAAUCGGCAAAUCCCCAUUCCCCACCCAAACCCUCGGGUUGUUCCAUGGCGCCGCCGCCGCCGGAGCUGAACCCCGACGCCGUCUCCGAGAUCCUCCUCCGCCUGCCGCCGGAAGACCCCGCGAGCCUCGUCCGCGCCUCCGCCGUCUGCAAGCCUUGGCUCCGGACCCUCACCGACCCCGCCUUCCUCCGCCGCUACCGCGCCUUCCACGGGACGCCCCGCGUGCUCGGCUUCCUACACAGCCGCAGCAUCGAGCGCUUCGUCCCCACCACGGGGUUCCGCCCGCACGCCGCUGCCGCCGCCAUUCUUCGCACCUGCGACGCCGUUUUCGACUGCCGCCACGGCCGCGCCCUCCUCUACGACUGCGGCUCCAUGGAGUUCGUCGUCUGCGACCCCGUCACCGGCCGCGAACGCCGGAUGUUCGACGCGGUGCCUGACCGGUACAACUACGCUGUGCUCUGUGCCGCGGGCGCCGGCUGCGAUCACUGCAACUGCCGGGGGCCGUUCCUACUGGCCUGCGCGGGCGUGCACUUCUCCCACUGUGACGUUUUCUUCGCCCGCUUCUACUCGUCUGAUACCGGCACUUGGAGCUUAGAGACCAAGCUAUACAUGGAGGACUCCCAAUACCAGUACUACGGAUACAGAUUGAAAAACCAGCCGGCCGUGCUCGUGGGGGGCGCGCUCUACUAUGUCUGCAACUUCAGCAUCUUGCUCCGUUACGACAUCCUGGGCGGGCAGGAUUUGUCAGUGAUCAAGCUUCCCAAGGCGAAUCAUUUUGAAAGUGUCAUUGUCAUACCAGCAGAGGACAGCGAGUUGGGAUUGGCUAGCCUGUAUCGUAAUCGUAACAGCCUCUGCCUGUGGUCGAGGGAGACUGAGGUGGGCAGAGACGCUAGCUGGGUGCAGCAAAGGGUUAUUGAUCUCAACAAGUUGCUCCCAGCUACCAAUCUCAAGCGGCCAGCAUGUUUCAGUGGAUUUGCCGAGGGUGCCAAUGUUAUCUUUGUGAGCACUUAUCAUGGUGAUGUCUUCUGCAUCGACCUAAACUCUAUGGGGGUGAGGAAGGUGUGUGAGAUGGGCUAUGGCUACCGUAUCUUUCCCUACGUGUGCUUCUACACUCCAGCUGCUUGUGCUAGAGGCGCACUGCCAUCACAUGUGGAGACUCAGUGAUCCUCUAAGAUCCAUCACUUUGUGGUGCUGAUGUUUCGUUCCGUUGAGCUGUUCAACAAAUAUACCAUCUUGCAGCACUGAAGCUUUCUAGUUUGCAGCCCUUUUGAGAAAGUUUUAGUGAGAAUGAAACACUAUAUUUUAGUUCAGCACAGGCAACAGAAGUAUGUUUUACUUCAUUUCCCACUCCAUGCGUGGCGUGGCCACUGCGAACUGAAUGCUCUGCUUCCUACUGAAUAAUCAUUCAGUUUUCGUUCAUCUUGGACAAGGUUCCCGAACCACCUAGGUCACGAUGGCAAACUCUGGUCUGUUGUUUUUGUCAAGCUCCCGGUUUCGGAACUGCAUCGUAUUUUCACCUGGGUUGGUUGCAUUAUUGAUGAUUGAUCUACCGUUCGGUACGGUUGAGAACUGAGAAAA